CAGAGUCUCCUUCCAGCAGCACAGGCUGCGACUGCUCACGGGACAGUUAAAAUCACAAAAACACCACACAGGUUCUGCCUUUGCUUCGGGCGCUACCUCCUUAAACCGAGACCGCACAGCAGCCCGGGCACGGCCCGGCCCCGGCCCCGCCGUCACUGCGCGGCGCCGCCGGCUCGGAGCGGAAGCGGAAGCGGCGCGGGCGGCGGGAGCCGGGCGGGCGCACGGCCGCUCGCAGUGCCCUAUAAAAUGGGAAUACUUAUUGCAGUUCUUGGAGUCUGGUUCAGCUCUUCACUUGUAAAAGCAGAUUCUAAGGCUGUGACAACAUCUCUAACUACAAAGUGGUCUUCAACUCCUUUACUCCUUGAGACAAGUGAAUUUUUAUCAGAAGAAGGUCAAGAAAAAUUCUGGAAUUUUGUUGAAGCCAGUGAGAAUAUUAAGACAGCUGAGCAUGAUGGUAGCGAUUAUUCUUCUUACCAGGAAAUGCUGAAAGUGGCCUGCCAGACUCUGUCACCUUUGCAGCAGAACUUGUUGAAAUUUUCCCUGUCUUUACGCUCCUACUCUGCAGCAGUUCAAGCUUUCCAACAGAUAGCAGCAGAUGAAUCUCCUCCAGAGGGCUGCACCCUGUUUUUUGUUGUUCAUGGGGAGAAAACUUGUGAAUUUGACUCUCUUGGAAACCUUUUACAGGCAGCUUCAGACAGGCCAAAGCCAUUUUUGUUCAAGGGGGACCACAAGUACCCAGCAGCAAACCCUGAAAGUCCUGUGGUCAUACUUUAUGCAGAGAUUGGUUCAGAGGAGUUCUACAGGCAGCACAGGAGGCUUGUUGAAAAGGCUGAGGCAGGAGAAAUCACUUAUGUGCUCAGACACUACAUUGCUAAUCCCAGCAAGGAAAAGGUCUACCUCUCUGGCUAUGGUGUAGAACUGGCUAUUAAAAGUACAGAAUAUAAGGCCAAGGAUGAUACCCAGGUGAAAGGGACAGAUGUGAAUGCUACAGUCAUAGAUGAAAAUGACCCUAUUGAUGAAGUGCAAGGAUUUCUGUUUGGAAAACUAAGGCAGCUGUAUCCUGACUUGUCAGAAGAGCUGAAAGAGCUCAGAAAACACCUUGUGGAAAGUACCAAUGAAAUGGCACCUUUGAAAGUGUGGCAGCUCCAAGAUCUGAGUUUUCAAACUGCUGCUCGCAUUUUGACUGCUCCCCCUGUGGAUGCCCUGAUGGUCAUGAAAGAUCUUAGUCAGAACUUUCCUACAAAGGCCAGAGCCAUAACAAAAACAGUUGUUUCUUCGGAACUCAGAGCAGAAAUUGAAGAGAACCAAAAGUAUUUCAAGGGAACGCUGGGAUUGCAACCAGGAGAUUCUGCCCUAUUCAUCAAUGGACUGCUUAUUGAUUUAGACACUCAGGAUAUAUUCAGCUUGAUUGACGUGCUCCGCAAUGAAGCCCGUGUUAUGGAAGGCCUGCACAGCUUGGGAAUUGAGGGAGUUUCCUUACACAAUGUCCUGAAGUUGAACAUCCAGCCUUCAGAUUCUGACUAUGCUGUGGAUAUCAGAAGCCCUGCCAUUUCAUGGAUCAACAACCUGGAAGUUGAUAGUCGGUACAAUUCCUGGCCUUCCAGUGUGCAGGAACUGCUGCGUCCCACAUUUCCUGGUGUGAUCAGGCAAAUCAGAAAAAACUUCCAUAAUUUUGUGCUGAUAGUAGAUCCUACUCAUGAGACCACAGCAGAAUUACUCAAUGUGGCAGAAAUGUUCUUCAGUAACCACAUCCCACUGAGGAUAGGACUAGUCUUUGUGGUUAAUGACUCAGAGGAUGUUGAUGGACUGCAGGAUCCUGGUGUUGCCCUCCUGAGGACAUACAAUUAUGUGGCACAAGAAAUGGACAAUAAUUACGCUUUUCAGACCGUCAUGUCUAUCUAUAACAAAGUGAAAACAGGAGACCAGCUGAAAGUGGAACAUGUUGUUAGUGUUCUUGAGAAGCAGUAUCCUUAUGUGGAAAUCAACAGUGUGCUGGGAAUUGAUUCUGCCUAUGAUCAAAACAGAAAGGCAGCAAGAGCUUACUAUGAGCAAACUGGUGUAGGCCCUCUCCCUGUUGUCCUGUUCAAUGGGAUGCCUUUCCAAAAAGAUCAGCUGGAUCCUGAUGACCUGGAAACUGUGACAAUGCACAAAAUCCUGGAAACCACGAGCAUCUUCCAGCGAGCCGUGUACCUGGGUGAACUAUCUAAUGACCAAGAUGUGGUUGAGUAUAUCAUGAACCAGCCUAAUGUUGUUCCAAGAAUUAACUCAAGAAUCCUAAGGUCUGACAGAGAGUACCUAGAUCUGACAGGAAUGAAUAACCAUUUUGUGGAUGACUUUGCUCGAUUUUCCACACUGGAGUCUAAAGAUAAGACAGCUGCUGUUGCAAACAGCAUGACCUACUUAACAAAGAAAGGAAUGUCUUCCAAGGAGAUCUAUGAUGAUUCCUUUGUUAGACCAGUUACUUUUUGGAUUGUUGGUGAUUUUGAUAAACCUUCAGGGAGGCAAUUGCUGUAUGAUGCCAUUAAACAUCAGAAAUCCAGCAAUAACAUUCGAAUCAGCAUGAUUAAUAAUCCUAGUGAAGAACCCAACAGCCAGAAUACCAUUGUAGCUAAAGCCAUAUGGGCAGCUUUGCAGACACAAACCUCAAAUAAUGCCAAGAACUUCAUCACCAAGAUGGCAAAAGAAGAAACUGUGAAGGCACUGGAGGCAGGAGCUGACAUCUUGGAAUUUGCUGUUGGGGGUAUGGAUACCAAUAUUUUCAAAGAAGCCUUUGAAUCUCCCAAGAUGGAUUUUAUUCUGUCCCAUGCUAUUUACUGCAGAGAUGUUCUAAAGCUGAAGAAGGGGCAGAGGGCUGUGAUCAGCAAUGGACGGAUUAUUGGCCCAUUAGAGGAUGGAGAGAUGUUCAACCAGGAUGAUUUUCAUCUUCUUGAAAAUAUAAUCCUAAAGACAUCAGGACAGAAAAUCAAAUCUCAGAUUCAGCAGCUGGGAUUUGAAGAAGAUCUGGCAAGUGACUUGGUAAUGAAAGUGGAUGCUCUUCUUUCUGCUCAGCCAAAAGGAGAGGCAAGGAUCGAGUAUCAGUUUUUUGAAGAACGAUACAGUGCAGUUAAACUGAGACCAAAAGAGGGGGAGACAUACUUUGAUGUUGUGGCUAUUGUUGAUCCCGUGACCAGAGAUGCUCAAAGACUUGCUCCAUUACUUUUGGUUUUGAACCAGCUGAUAAAUAUGAACCUGAGAGUGUUUAUGAACUGCCAGUCUAAGCUUUCUGACAUGCCACUGAAAAGCUUUUACCGCUAUGUUUUGGAGCCAGAGAUUUCUUUCACAGCAGAGAAUCAUUUUGCUCCAGGACCAAUUGCCAAGUUUUUAGAUAUGCCCCAGUCUCCACUGUUCACUCUGAACUUAAACACUCCUGAGAGUUGGAUGGUGGAAUCUGUUAGAACCCCAUAUGACCUUGACAAUAUCUUCUUAGAGGAGGUGGAGAGUGUUGUAGCUGCAGAGUAUGAGCUGGAGUACCUGCUGCUGGAGGGCCACUGCUAUGACAUUACAACUGGGCAGCCACCUCGGGGACUCCAGUUCACCCUGGGCACCUCCAGCAGCCCUGUCAUCGUGGAUACCAUUGUCAUGGCCAACCUGGGCUACUUCCAGUUAAAAGCCAAUCCUGGUGCAUGGACUCUAAGACUGAGAAAAGGCAGAUCUGAAGAUAUUUACAGGAUCUACAGCCACGAUGGCACAGACUCUCCACCUGAAGCUAAUGAAGUUAGUGUUGUUCUCAAUAACUUCAAGAGCAAAAUUAUUAAAGUGAAGGUUCAGAAAAAGUUUGAUAUGAUGAAUGAAGAUCUGCUAAGUGAUGGCACCAAUGAGAAUGAAUCUGGAUUUUGGGAAUCUCUGAAAUGGGGAUUCACAGGAGGACAAAAGAAUGAAGAUGUGAAACAGGAUAAAGAUGAUGUACUAAAUAUAUUCUCUGUGGCUUCAGGACACCUCUAUGAGAGAUUCCUACGCAUAAUGAUGCUGUCUGUGCUGAAACACACCAAGACUCCUUUAAAGUUUUGGUUUCUGAAGAACUACUUAUCACCUACAUUCAAGGAGUUCAUCCCAUACAUGGCCAAGAAGUACAAUUUUCAGUAUGAGCUUGUCCAGUAUAAAUGGCCACGCUGGCUGCACCAGCAAACAGAGAAGCAGCGAAUCAUCUGGGGUUACAAGAUCCUCUUUCUAGAUGUGCUCUUCCCAUUAGCUGUUGAUAAAAUCCUCUUUGUGGAUGCUGAUCAGAUUGUGCGCACAGAUCUGAAGGAAUUGAGGGAUUUUAAUCUGGAUGGUGCUCCUUAUGGAUACACCCCCUUCUGUGACAGCCGAAGGGAGAUGGAUGGCUACAGGUUCUGGAAAUCAGGAUACUGGGCAAGUCAUUUAGCUGGAAGAAAAUACCACAUCAGUGCUCUGUAUGUUGUGGAUCUGAAGAAGUUCAGGAAGAUAGCAGCUGGAGAUCGACUCAGAGGACAGUAUCAGGGUCUGAGUCAGGAUCCAAACAGUCUGUCCAACCUUGAUCAGGAUUUGCCAAACAACAUGAUCCACCAAGUACCAAUUAAGUCCCUCCCCCAGGAGUGGCUGUGGUGUGAAACAUGGUGUGAUGAUUCCUCGAAGAAGAGAGCAAAAACCAUUGAUCUGUGUAACAACCCAAUGACCAAAGAGCCCAAGCUGCAGGCAGCCAUGAGGAUAGUUCCAGAAUGGCAGGACUAUGAUCAAGAAAUCAAACUGCUCCAGAGUCAGUUCCAGAAGGAAAAGGAAAUGGGAACACCAGCUGAGAUGCCAGGACAACACACACAUGAUCCAGCAGCACAUGUGGAAUUAUGAUCCAUGGAGACAAAUUCAAGUUAGACUCUUUCAUAGACAAUUUUUAUAUUGAAAGCUAGGGUUUUUUUUCCGGUGUGUCUGCAAAACUGCUGAAUAAUUGAAUGGGAUGAUGUAUGCAUUUCUAUUACUUGCCUUUGGAGUAAUUUCUGCAUAUGAAAUAGGAUCUGGAUUGCUGGAAUUAGCAUUACUGGUGUUUUGUGGAGAUGAAAGACCCCGUGAUGGAAUUUAGUGUUUCAGAAACAAAACUUCACAAUCCACCAGAAGAGCCACAGUCUGUUCCUUCAGCUGUUGCUGCCUCCACCACUGCUGAAGUUCCAGUUUAGCCUCAGAUCUAAACUUGAGAGUCUGGGAAUUGCAGACAUACAUCCUAACUUCAUCUGAUGGACAUAAUUUUUUCCAGGUAACAUUAUAAAGCUCGAAAUUAUGCCUUGAAUUUGGGACACUGUUUCAUCUUCAGGUUUUCAAAUAAUUGAAAAUACUUCUUGGAUUUGUUCAGUCUGCCCUUGAUUUUGUAACAAAAUCAGCAUUAUUUUGAUUUUCUAUUUUCUGUCUUCUUUUAUUGCCCAACUUUUGAUGGUUUGGCUUAAUGUAAAGCUACCAGAAUCUCUUAAAUGCCCAUCCAAAUACAAAUGCCCGAGCUCACAAAGUGAGCAGAACACAGAAUUUGGCAGAUGAGUUUGUCCUAGCCUUUAUGACUUGAAUCAAAGUGCCCUCCCUUCCUCCUCCUCCAAGUAUAAAUCAGUCUGCAAAACUGGCAGGGCCUUACUCUUGCUGUGGUUCACUGAUUCAUGAAUGUUUUUUUGUUUAUGAAAAAUCUGUGGAACUUGGAAGUUUAUCAUCAUGUAAAUUUCAAUAACUUUAUUUUUCUUCAAACAGAGAUGUUGUCACAUCAAUAAAAACUUCAGAGUUCUUAGGUCUUGAGCCUUAGUUCCCACUUUGAUCAUCCUUUUUCCUUGCACACAUUACAGUCCUAAUUUGAUUCUGGGAUUUCUGGAUAUUUCACUUGUAUUUGCUUUCAUUCUGUGCAUAGACAAGGAGGUCUCUUCUUGAAAGGAUUAAUUACCCUGGGCUAAUUUUAUCAUUCAUGUUCAUGUCUUCAUUUUGAAAGAUGCUGCUGCUGCCAUAGUUCUGUACUAUGAACAUACCAAUUAAAGAAAACCCUCAAACCCAGUUUCUCCCAUUCUGUAGGAUUAAUAGUCUGCUCCCUGUAACUCUGCAGAGUUGAAAUGUAAGAACUAAAAGGAGUUGUACAAAAUAUAGUCACCUAUGCAGCUUGAGAAAUCCAAACAUUUUUGGUUUUUGUGACUCCCCCUGUUUUCAUACAGAUAAAUGUUUUGUGCUGUAAGACCUUCAACCCAAUAAUCAUAUCUCAGUACAAGAAUAUUGAAAUAUUCUUCUGGAAUUGCUGUGUUAUAAAUCUUAUCAUGUUUUGGAGGAAUCUGAAAGAAGACAGCAGUAGUAUUUGAAUAGUGUGACUUAAGAAAAAAAGCAGCUCUUCUCCAGGCAGCUGAAGGAAGGGCCCAAACUCUUAAAAAAAAGCCCAUUAAGAGCAACUUACAGAAUUUAUCAGCUUAGGUAUUUCCCACUUUGUGGGGUUUUAAAUUCAGAUAGUCUGUCUGGUGUCUCUGGAUAUUACAGGUGAGGUGCCUUAUGCUUCCCAUCAAAACUGCUCCACUUAAGGAUAGGCAGACUUACAGUAGCAGGACUUUUUUCUAGUGUAAAACAAUACACCUGCCAACAAAUUAAUUACAAAUUAAUUACAGGUGAUGCCAGUUAGCCUCUUUUAAACAGCUGAGACAGCACAGGUGAGGUUGUCCUUUCUGUGUUCAGCUACAAAUCACUUCAGCCUUGCUGGAGCACGUGGAGUGGCACAGGGAGAAGUGGGCAGGAGCUUUACACCACUUAUUCCUUCUAGAGAUGGAUGGAACAAGAAUGUGCUCAAGCCCUCAGAACAGGAGCAGCUUUCUGUGAAACAAGGCCCUUUCCUCUCUAGGACUGUAUUUGGCUUCUUUUUCCCCCCCAACUUAUUUUAGGAGCCACAAGACUGAGAAGAAAGGCACCUCUUAAAUUCAGCACAUUUUCAAUGCUUUGUUGAAUAGGAACAUACUUCUAAAUUAAAUGUGUUACAAUGGUUUUUUUAAAUAUGUUAAUGUAUGUACUUGAACACCCACACUGCAUCCUGUUUUUUUUAAAUUUAAGAUCUCAUCUCUCUUGCUAUGGAGGGUAUUUUUGUUGUCUCCAGUUAACACAGACCAUGCUCUUCAUUUUUUUAUGAAGAAAUAAAAGUCAUCUAACUCACAAUUGAUACAGAAAGAAACCAGAAGCAUACUGUGAGAUUCUAUACCUUUGCAGUACUUGUAAGGUGUUCUCAAGUACAGUAUAAAAUGCACAUGGUAUUGAUCAUUCUGAAUGUGAAUUAUUCCCAUUUUUCCUGAGAAGCUGCUAUUUAUUUCCACCCAAAAAUGACAAUUGAAAAGAGAAUAAUCACUUCUUUUGGAUCUGUGCACGUGUUUGCUCUUAGAUGCUCAGUGGGGCCUUGAAAGACAAAUUGUUUUGUCACUCCCAUGCAGAAAGCAUCUUGGAGAGAGAUGGUUAAAGAAAUGGAGCAGCUGCUGCUGCUCUCACUGAUGGCCUGGUCCUGGGACUAGUGAGGGUGAUGAUAAUUAGAAAAUGGGGAUUGCAGAGGUCACAGUGGGGUUUUGCAUCCCUCAGAGCAGGAAACCACGUCUGGGGUGAGGUGAUGACAUUGUUCCCAUCUCUGGCUACAAGCAGCUUGACCUCUUGGUGAGGAGCUCACACUUGAGAAAUGCUCUCUAUGUUUAUUUUAAAAGGAAACAAAACUUUAGGAUUUCUCUUUCAUUUAGCCAUAAAGAAAAUGAAAGGGAUAUGUAAAAGCAGUAAAUACCCAGUAACAGUCUUAGGAAUCAGAACAUUUUAAAAUUAUGACCUGGUUUUACCCAAAUCUUCUGUAAUCUGUUCAAGAAUAUUCCAUAAGUCUGUGUGGCAAGUGACCCAAGGUGUGGGGAGUUCUCUUUACUGAAUGGCACUGAGAUCACAGUGAGCUUCCCUGAAGAUCCAACACAAUAAAACCUCUGCUGUUCUUCA